UUUCUUGAUCUCCGAUCGCAAAAAUUGUGAUUUGAGAAGCCUUUUCCAAAGUUCAGAUUUCUGAUUUUUGGCUGCAAUAUUUGCUCUACGAAGUAGUGGUCAUCUUUGGAGUAUAGUAAUUUAAGAUGGAUCAGAGCGCGAGUCCAUCGUUGCAGAUGUUUCACCAAUUGAACAACGAGCAGAAUGAAGAAAACGAAAUUGAAAGUCUUUCUUUUCAUAGGAAGCGACUGGGGAAUAAGGCAUCAAUGAUGAUCAUGAUGGUCGAGCACGAUGAUUCCGAUGAUGAAGACGAAGGUCCGGAAGAACUUGACGAGGAGACGGUGUCAAGCAUGUGUAGCUUGCCUAGAGAGAUAGCCUUGACUCAACAGGCAAAACAACUUUCUGAAAUAAGUGUGAAAAAGGCACUUGCCAAAGAACUAUUUGAAAAUGAGAUCAAACAAAUGUCCCUUAUUUCCAUUCACUCGGCUUUCUCAGCUGCUGUGAUGUAUCAGUCCGACAAGAAUCGGUCAAACAAACGCAAGUCCAACAUCUUCCGAAGAUUUUUCUCCUGUUGUUUUUCGUGUAUUCGAAGAAGAAAUCAAUAAAGUGUUUUUACCAAUUCAA